AUGGGCCCAAUGCACGGACAGUCCGAUGCCGACACGCCUUGGCACCAUACGCCAUCGUGGCAGCACGAGGACAAUUGGCCUGGUCAUUCGAGCAACCCACGCCUUGGGAAUGGGGGCGACCCUACCUAUCAAAUUCACGUUGAUGACAACAACCACAGCCAUCGCGACGCGAAACCACCAAGCGAUGGCGAGGACGGUGGAGGCGCCAAUGGAAGCCUACCGUUGAUGCCGCUCGGUUCUGAUCGUCAGUCAGGCGAGGUGCGGUCUACAGAGCACUCUAACGGGCUGACACUGCUCACCACUGGCCCCCUACCCGAAGAGCGAAUGCCCGCUUCCCCACGGCCGCUGUCUUCUGCCCCGUCCUCGGCUACCGAGGUUCUAUCAAGAGAUAAGUUGGAAAAUCCACCCGAAGAUGGGAAAACGAACACAUUUACUCUCACAAAAGCCCUUUCUGACGUCUAUUCGUCUGCAGUGUAUGCUAACAGCUGGCAAACUGGCCAGUCCUCAAGCGACAGCACUUCCAAUUGCCUCUCCAUCUGGAAUCUCAAGUCGCCUCCAGUUAUUUUGUCCACAAGUUUGCCUCAUUUGAGCGCCAGCCAACCGCAGCCUACAAUUUUACCUUCCCUAGUGCCAAUGAGAGUUCGGAAUUCAUUUCAUUAUCAGAAGUCUAAUGUUGCAAACCCCCCAGCUUCUGGCAAUGCCAAUGAGCACACUAUUGGGAGUGACUCUACACCAUCUGCUACUGAGUAUCCCCCCAAUAUGUGGAAACUAAGCCACGCACAUUCAGCAUACUCACACUACCCUUUCGGAAUGGCUGCUCCGGCGUCUGACCCAUAUGCAUUAAGUCUUCCUCCACCAGGGCUUACAUCCUACUUCCAGCCGCAAGAAAGCAGCUUUGCUGAAGUGAUGCGACAGCAGCCAUCGACGAGGGCAUCUAUGGUCGAUAGCUCUGUUGUUUUGGAUCGUCAGUGUGCAUGCAAUAGCAGCAACCAGUGCGCCAUCAGUGCUUCUCCUGAUUAUAGAUUCAUUAGUCCUGAUACAUACAGUAACAUUCCUGCGUGCUAUGAUGCUUCAUUUCAUCUAAGUAGUAAUAUGCCAUGGGCGACUAGCGUUCUUGCUGCUCCCGACACCGGUCCUUCUUUCAGCCGAUUGUCAGCGCGCCCGAUGGCUACAGAUAAGGAGUCAUUACCUUUAUUAGAGCAUUCCCAGUCCUUUCUUAAAGAGACAUCGUCUAUGCCAUCUCCGUUGCUACAUGGGCAAGGGCCGCCUUCGCAAGUCCAGAGGUCUGAACUGCAGUCAACAAAGCAGCCAAGCCGCCGCCCUUUAAGCAAGCAUUUACUCCAUGCCAUGGAUCCCGACCCUAAGUUUUGCGAUAACUGCAAGACAAUGGCAACUCCUAGCUGGAGACGAUGUCCUCAAGGCCGUAUCUUGCUUUGCAAUGCAUGUGGGCUUUAUCAAAAACUUCACAACAGACCUCGGCCUUUUUUCAAGGCUCGUGAUGGAACCAUCAAGAUCCACCGUACUUUGCCUGAACACGAUCCAUGCGUGGUAUGCGGGACCACCAAGGCAUCUACUUGGAAAAAGGACCCAGAAAAUAAGACGAUUUGCUUAAGUUGUAGUCUGGUCUCCAGGCACUCAUCUGGUCCAGCUGCCUCGUCCAGUUCAUCGGAUAUUGCUGAAGAAUCUGGUGGGCCGCACUCGCGGUCGCGACCAGUUGCUGCUGGUAGCCGAAGUAGAGCAUCUAGGAUCCAUAAGGGUCAUCAGGGCCAACUUAGUAACUUCAGCUGCGAGGGGCCAAUGUCUCAUACGCAUACCCAUACGCAUCAGCAACUGGAACGACCAGCAAGAUCGAGAGCCCACCGCGUUGAUCCUGACCUAGGUCAAUCCCCUAGAGCCAUUACGAUAGCCAAAACUGAUAGAGGGAGGCGCAAAGCAGCUGCUACGACGAAAGCAAUUGAAGGGACUUCAUCACUUCCAUCAGCUUUCUCAGGCACAUAUAGGUCAGACGUCCAAGAAUCAGUCCCCGAAGAAGGAUUAGGUUUUAGCCCCCGGUUGGGCAUGGAUGCUAUUUCAACAAGUGCUAUGGGCAUUGAAUGGUAUGCUUCACAUUAUGGGGGGCAGCAGCCAAUGAGCCAACAAUCCCAGUCAGAGCUGCUGGAACAAGCAGCCCUAUAUCAUGAGCAGAAUGUACAAAAAAGUAGUGACAGCAGGUUUCACGAGAACAGCUACAACCCUGAGCCCUACCAAUUUUCGCAGCAAGAUGGCUUUUCAUCAUCCCAGCUGCAAUUAGCUUUGCCUCAAGCUCAGGAAUAUCAAGGACCCAAUGGAGAGCUUCAUUCGCGUUACCAGGAUACUUAUGAGCAUAGGCCGCGCUUUCCGGGACUAGAGUGCUCCUUUCGUAAUAAUUUUUCUGAUGGUAACCACUACCAUGGCGAUUUUCAUGCGCCUGAGACGUAUUCUCCUGUCACAAUGCUUCACUCCUCACCCCUUCUUCCGCUGCCAUACAGGCAUGAAGCAACUACAACACCCGCCAUGGCUUUUACACCUUAUACCACUAUUUCGUCGUCGGACAUGCCCUCCUCUACUCACACACCAACGCUUAUGUCAGAGGAAGAAUCGAUGAAUAGAAGCAAAUAUAGCGAACAUAUUCAUCCCAAGACGUCCUCUGAUAGUUCCAAAAGUAAGAACAGCCAGAUGGCGAACCAAGCUAAAGAGAGCGGGCCCCUGUUGGCAUCCUCGCAUACAGCUAUGGAGACCAUCGAGGCGCAUGAAGAGGGUCAGGGGGCUGAGGAAUCUGAUCAAGGUGCUGUCAUAACUGCGGUUUCAACUUCAGGAAGUGAGCUUUCAUCUGUCAUGGAUUUUUGUUCUGAGGAUGAGAGACAGUAA